AUGGCAUUUUCACGGCUUACAUCAGGUCAUCAACCCAGUCAUACUUCAAACAUUAACAGCAACAAGAAGGGACAAUGUCCUCCAUUAGCUCUUUCCAUUGAUAUAGAAUCACCACCAUGUGUUCUUUAUGGAUCCGCUAUGGAAUCAUCAGGUGCUGUAUUAAGUGGACUUUUCACUGUUACGGUAAUUGACCCUUAUUGCAAUAACGAAGAUAAUACCUUAAAGACUAAAGAAUCUAAUACCUCGAGUAGUACCAAAAGCUUAAAAAGAAAGAGUACCUUUGGUUCAGCACUUUCAUCUAGAUUGUCGAGCUUAUCAACAUCAACAUCUAAUAUCUCCCCUUCAACUUCGUCUGGCUCUACGUUACAUUCUCCCACGCCCGCCAAUUUAAGGAUAAUGGCUGGAUAUACUAAAAUCACAAUUACUUCAGUCACACUAAACUUGGUACAGAAGAUCUACUUCCACAAGCCGUUUGUACCCAAUGUUUCCUCCAUGCAAACCUGUAUGAAUUGUAAAACAAAGAUUACGAAUAUGAAAAGUUGGGAAAUCCAGAAAAAUACUCAUGAUCUCUCUGUCGGAAGUCACUCUUACCCAUUCUCAUAUCUUAUACCAGGAUCUGUGCCAUGCUCUUCGUCGCUGGGGGCUGCAGCUGAGACCCGAGUCAAGUACGAACUUAUUGCAGUUGUAACCUAUAUGGACCCUUAUAGAAAUUCUCUCUCUUCAACUUCCUCUAAUCCUAGGAAAGAAGUAACGUCUCCUAAAAAUCAAUUGUUGCAACUAGUGAUGCCUAUUGCCGUAACUCGAAGUAUACCGCGUGGGCCUGAUAAGAAUUCUUUAAGAGUGUUCCCUCCCACAGAAUUAACCGCUGCAGCUGUCCUUCCCAAUGUUAUUUAUCCCAAAUCAACUUUUCCCUUGGAGAUGAAAUUGGAUGGAGUGUCCUCUGGGGAUAGAAGAUGGAGAAUGCGUAGAUUGAGUUGGAGGAUUGAAGAAACCACAAGAGUUAAAGCUCAUGCAUGUCCAAUGCAUAAGCAUGAACUGAGGCAAUUAGAAGAGCAGGUUAAAGUAAAAGAAUCAGAAAAAGGGAAAAAGCCUCGCAGUCAUAUCAAGCGUUAUGGUGAACUGGGUCCACAAAUUAGGGUUGCCGUAAAUUCUUUGGAUAAUAUGCCGUCGCAAAGAUUACCAGGUGAGCAGAUUCACGAACAAGUACCUUAUUCUUCGGAUUCAGUAGCAACCGAUAAUGUUGGACUGGAUAAUGAAAAUCCUGUUAAUGAAGAUGAAGACGACCAGCCCGGUAGCGAAUUUAUUCAUCCUAGCGACGAUGCUUUACGUCAAGAAUUACUAAUGCAACAACAGCGUGCGAGGCAGCAACAGCUUCAACAAGAGUUGAAAAACAAUAGCACUUUAUUUACAGAAGAGGUUCGGAUAAUCUCUAAGGGGGAAAUGAAGAGUGGAUGGAAGACAGAUUUUGAUAAUAAUGGAAAGAUCGAGCUAGUCACGGAAAUAGAUUGUAUGGGGCUUGACUCAGGCGUCUCUAACCCGGUAAUGCACGCCUCAACACAGAAAGUUCCUAUCACAAACAAUAAAAAAUCCAGCAUCAAUGUGGCUUGCGAUAUACAAGAUCCAAACCUGGGUUUAUAUGUUAGUCAUAUCUUGGCAGUGGAAAUUGUUGUUGCUGAAGAAACCUUACAGUAUGCUAAUGGGCAACCCAUACGUAAAACAAACUCCACAAACAGGAAAGAAACUAGCAGCAGCAUAAUGAAUGUUCAUAAUCCCGAUCAGCGUUUAGCAGAAUUAUCUCCGAUGUUUGCAAACAGAAACGCGCCAAAGAUACGGCGUAUGGAGCCUGAAGAUUUAAUGCCCGUGAACAGUAAUAAAUCUAAUCAUAGUGUCAAUAAAGAGAAGAUAACUAAUUGUAAUAAUAACUCCAAUAUAGUGAGUGUUCCCACUGGUGCUGCACGAGUUUUAAGAAUGCAGUUUAGGGUAACAGUUACUGAAAGAUCUGGACUUGGAAUCUCUUGGGACGAAGAAGUUCCCCCCAUUUACCAAGAUGUCAAAUUGCUCUCACCACCACGUUACGAGCUCUCUAUAAAUAAUAAAACAAGAAACAAACUUUAUUCAGCGAUGAGUACCCCAGUUGGAUCAGCAAAUGAUUUUGUGGGUAGUAGUGAUGAUCAUGAUGAUGACGAUGAUACUGAUACUGAUGAUAAUAAUAAUGACGAUGAUGAUCAUGAUGAUUAUGAUGAUGACGAUGAUGAUGACGAUGACGGGGAUAAUGGUAGCCAACAUAACCAAUCAGAUUCUAAUAUGCAAGAUAUGACAGUUACACAAAACAAACUAACGAUACCGCCAACUGCACAUCAUUAUCAUUCUGCUACCACGUCACAAAGAUCGCUUACUACAGUUCAAUCGCCUCCACUAGAACGCGUUAUUAGUGUCCAGGGUAGCGUACCUUUCCGUGGACAAGUGUUGACACCACAUAGCACGAGAGAUAUUAGAGUACAAAGCUUUUCCGAUUUUUUGGAUUCCAAUAGAAUAACUCAAUAA